AUGGGUGUUCAACUCAAAGGAGAUGGUACAGGGCAACCUCCCAUGAAUCCCACCAUUGGGGUCCCCUUAUACGCCGUCGGAGGGCUCGUCGUUUUCUUGUUUGCCUGGCAAACCUUCAUUCGGAUCCAGAACCGCCAAAGGUCGAAGCAAGCGAUAAAGGGGGUUGACCAGAGUCAGCUGUCAAGAACAAGUCGCAUAGAUGCUGCCUUCAAAAAGCACAUACUCUAUGCCCCCAUUUGGGGGACCCGUCACAAUCGGGAGUUUCGAUGCUUCAGACUUCACAUGGGCUCCAUCCCGCUGAGAUUGGAGAUCAUCUGUCUGUUGCUAUAUCUUGCCCUCAAUCUUGUUUUCAUCAUCGUGACGGUUGACUGGUGGAUCGACGACUACCCGAAGAAGAUGUUCCAACUGAAGUAUUCCGCGGGACACUUGGCUGUGAUGAACACACCCGGCUUGGUUCUGGCCGCUGGGCGCAACAACCCUUUGGUGCAGCUUUUGGGUAUUUCAUUUGACACCUUUAACUUCAUGCACCGAUGGGUUGGACGAGUCAUCGCGGCCAAUGCAGUUGUUCACAUGAGCGCUGUGCUAGCCAGUGUGGCUUAUACGAAUGGGACAGAGUAUGUGCUUUAUGCUCUAUGGCAACAGAGAUUAUACCUGUGCGGUCUUAUAGCCAUUCUAGGAUUCCUGUUCAUCGUUGUUCAGUCUUUGUCGCCGGCCCGACAUGCGUUCUACGAACUAUUCCUUCACUUACACAUAGCUUUGGCAUUGAUGGCUUUCAUCGCUCUCUGGUAUCACCUCAAGAAUCUACCCCAGCAGCACGUCCUUACAGGGACUCUGAUCUUAUGGGGACUGGACCGGGCAGGCCGAGUUGCCAUUCUCCUCUGGAGAAAUAUCGGAAGAAAACCCACAACUGCUACCAUCGAAGCUUUACCGGGAUCAGUCGCCCGGGUCGAUGUGGCAGUUUCUCGGGCAUGGCGAUUCCGCCCUGGGCAACACAUGUAUCUCUACAUGCCCUGCUUGGGCCUGUGGACAUCACAUCCAUUUACGGUGGCCUGGACAUCAAAGCCCGGGGCACUAGCUCCAAGUGAAAAGCGUGGGUCAAGUGAGUCCCUGAAAGCACUCAUCGGGGGAUCAGAAACUACCACCAUGUCGAUACUGGUUAAAGGCCAAGAUGGCUUCACCAAGAAGCUGAUCCAGAAAGUGGAAGAUUCCGCCGAAGGACAGAUCAAAGCACUGGCAUUAGCAGAGGGGCCGUUUGGCGGUAUCCACUCACUCGAUUCAUACGGUACAUUGCUGCUGAUUGCCGGUGGUAUUGGCAUCACUCACCCGAUGUCAUACCUGAACGAAGCCGUCAGUACUUUCACCGAGUCAAAAACAGCCACUCGCAAAAUCCAUCUUGUUUGGAUUGUUCGCAAUCUAGAUCAUCUCACUUGGAUCCAGAAGUUCAUGACUGAAAUCCUAGGCCACGACUCACUGACCAGCCCCAUCAAUUCCAACGGUCAUUCAUAUUUCCAAUUCCCACGGCUUCUUCUGUCCAUCAGCGUGCACGUUACCGCCCACAAAGACACUGUGGAGGAGUACAUCCCCCAACCGGAUACCCCGUGGAUGGACUGUGCCCCACCCAGCGUGCCCGUGAAUAUCCACCAUGGCAAACCUUGCAUUCAGUCUUUACUCGAAAAGGAGAAGGCGGAGCAAAUAGGUGCGAUGGCGGUGAGCGUCUGUGGUCCUGGUGGCCUGGGCGACAGUGUGCGGGAUGCCGUGCGGAACACGCAAGGCGAGAAGACUGUUGAUUUAUUUGAGGAGGCGUUCUCGUGGUGA